UACGGAAAUGCAUGCAUGGCUUACUGCUAGAGAGCAUUUAGGCGCUUCAAGUGGGCAUUGUCUCCAAAUAAUCGCGGAUCACAAGGCGUUUGCUGUUUUUUUUUCCCGCUUUUCGAGUCUCCUUUUUGUUUCCCAAAUGCUCCCAAAUGUCGGUCAUUCAGUAUAAGGAGAUAUUCAAUCAAAGAUGCCACAUGUAAACAACUGCUGUGAUUUCUUGGAUUUCCUGCAAUCAUCAUAAAAUAUCUCAUCCUUGAGGAGCUAACACAGGAUGUUUCUGAACAGAGAUGUCACUGGACUGCCAGAUUGCUGCAAGAAUACAGUAUUUUUGGAAGAAUACGACAGGACCUAACCAUGUGAAUUAAUGGAUGCUCGUAGGCCAUCACCAUCGAGAAGCUUUUGUGUAUAACAGUACAAAAGUAUUGAAAGAUGCUGCAGACCGGCAACUACUCGCUGGUGCUGCUGAUCCAGCUGACACUACUGGCCUUUGACCUUUUCGUCAACUCCUUUAGUGAACUGUUGAGAGGAGCGGCCGUCAUCCAGCUUGUGCUCUUCAUCAUCCAGGACAUCGCCAUCUUGUUCAACGUGAUCAUCGUCCUCCUGAUGAUGUUCAACACCUACGUGUUCCAGGUGGGCUUGAUGUCGCUGCUGUUGGAGCGCUUCAGGGCUCUGCUUUUGUUCUCCGCGCUGUACCUAACCCUCAGUAUCUGCCUCCAUAGCUGGGUGAUGAAUCUAAGAUGGAGAGAAUCUAAUCGCUUUGUUUGGACAGACGGCCUUCAAGCUCUGUUUGUGUUCCAGAGGACAGUGGCAGUGUUGUAUUACUACUUCUACAAACGCACAGCAGAGUACAUGGGAGACCCAAGGCUCUAUGUGGACUCUCUUUGGCUGCGUGAUGCCUUUGCCAAAGCUCGUCAGUAGUUUCACAGCUAUUGAGCAACAAAUGCAGUCCUGCUGUUGGUGAACAUUUAUGUAGCGGAUUCCUCUCUACACUCAACACCAUUUCAUGCUUUUGUUCUUCAUUCAUAAAGUGAACAUCUUGUUAAAAAGACACUCGUAUGUCAGAAGAGGAACAGGGAAUCACAACUUAAGCCCAUUUAUGGCAGCUUCCUGUUUUUAAACCGAUGGCAUGACUAGAGGAGUGCACCACAUUAUUUGUUUACUGUUGCCAAGUGGGCAGUCGCUUUAAAGCUUUCCAAGGACGGGUAAACUAGGCUGGCAUAUUGUAUUAAUCAGGAUUGAGCCUGGUAAUCUAUGAGGCCUUUGUAAUACACUCUACACAGUGAUGCUGUAUGACAUUAAAGUGCUGUCAAGAUUUAAGAUGAAUGUUUAACUGUUUUAGUACGUAUAGAACACUGUUAUGUUUGAUGUUGUGUUUGUCAUGCCGAUGGAGAUCCCUGUUGGUUCAUUAAGCCUUAAGGAUUUAGUGGUUUACAUGACGCCAACAAAUGAUUACGAUGAAGUCCAUUCACCUGCUUCAGUUCCUGCUUUUUUUUUUUUUAAUUAAACUAUCCUCCAAUCCUGUUGUAAUCCAUCACUAGGCUACUCUGCAUUACCUUAAGAGACAAGGUGAAACAGACUGCUCUAUUUAUAACACAAAGAUUAAUCAGGGGAUUGGAGGUUUUAGACGCCACUAGCGCAACAAACCAUAAAUAGCUGUCUGAGUGUUAGAAAUAACCUUCUCUGCGCAGGUUAAGUUGCUGUGCACUUUCACGUCUGGUUCUUGGAACUGCACUAACGUAACCAUAAUUACAAACACUGCAUCUCCCAUGCUGAACAAACGAAAAGUUGUACAAACCCCCCAUUUAUUGUGAAAACAAUUCAAAAUAUUGUCAGUGCAUCCAAUCAUACUUGAGAAGCCAGUUACGCGUGUGUAUGUCUGUCCCACUGGAAUGCGUCAUCUUUAAAGUCAUCUA